AUGGAAGAAAAUAGCCCAUCUACUAACCAUAAUGGACAGAUAGGACCAGCUUCUGGCGGUACAAAUGUUGGUAGUAAACAAAAUGAAGAAGGAAAUCAGGGACCGCAAUACUCAAUACCAGGAAUUUUACAUUUUAUACAGCACGAAUGGGCUAGGUUUGAAAUGGAACGAUCGCAAUGGGAAGUUGAUCGUGCUGAAUUACAGGUAAAUUGUUUUUAUAAAACAUUUUUAAAUAUAAUUUUAAUGAAUUACAUUGUGAAUAAAUUUAACUUAUUGAGUUUUAGUAAUGAAAUUACCAAAUGUAUAAUACUACUUGCAAGAAUAGCUUUUCUUCAAGGUGAAAGAAAAGGUCAAGAAAAUUUAAAACAUGACCUGAUACGUCGAAUAAAAAUGUUAGAAUAUGCUUUAAAACAAGAAAGGGCAAAAUUUCACAAGUUAAAAUAUGGAACAGAUAUUCAGCAAGAAGAUAUUAAACCACCAACUGGAAUAUAUGAUGAAGGAGGUGAAACUGGAGUUACUUUGGACUCUGAAACUCCUUAUUCAGCAGUUAGCAAUAUUACAUGGAAACAAGGAAGACAGCUUUUAAGGCAAUACUUGCAAGAAAUAGGAUAUACUGAUACAAUCAUUGACGUCCGAUCAAAUAGAGUAAGAUCAUUACUCGGAUUAAAUAAUAAUGCGGAAACGGAAGAAAAUUUAAAUAAUCCUGGGGGGUCGGUGAAUGGAAACGAAGCUUCGAACAAAAGAGCAAAUGAAAAUCAGGGCAGGCCCACUCCUGCCAAAAAGUCACAACCGUCUGUAACUGACGCGAUGCAACGUCAUAAUAGGGAAGCGAUGAUGCUCGAAACAGAAGCAGCUAUUAUGGCAAAUUUUGAAUACUUAGGUCAUGAUGAUGUAGAAAUGGACGAUGAGGAUAUGGGAGAUGAUUUGGAAGAUCAAGAUGAUAUUAAGUGUGCUAAACACAAGUCAAAGGCUCUAAUUGACAAUAAUGACGUAGAUCCGGAAGUAGAAGAAGUAUUAAAUGAAUUCAGUCUUAUAACUGAAUCUGCAGGAGACGGCGUAGAAUGGGAUUCGUUUGCCAAAGGUUUUUCUUCUCAUCGACCUGGGAAAGACGAAGAUUUAGACUGUACAUUGGGCUUGGGUGAAUUGGCUCAAUUAACUGUCAAUAAUGAUGCCGAAGCUACAUAUGAUGUUUCAACAAAUAAAGAAGCUUUUCGAAAAACUUGGAAUGCGAAAUACACGCUAAGAAGUCAUUUCGAUUGCGUACGAGCUUUGGCAUUUCAUCCUGUAGAACCGGUAUUAAUAACAGCCACAUCAUUAGAUGUAGAACCCUUAUACACUUUUAGAUGUCAUACAGGACCUGUUUUAUCAGUGGUUAUGAGUGCAACCGGUGAACAAUGUUACAGCGGAGGACUGGAUGGAGCCAUUCAUUGCUGGAAUUUACCAAGUCCUAAUGUGGAUCCAUAUGAUUCUUUCGGUGAGUUUAAAAAAAAAUUUUAUUUACGUUUUCACUUUAGAAAUUUAAUGUUUCAUUAUUUUCCAGAUCCGGAAGUUUUAAUCCAAACUCUUAGUGGCCAUUUUAAUGCAGUUUGGGGAUUACGUAUACACUCUAGUAAACCUCAUUUAUUAUCAUUUUCUGCGGAUGGCACAGUAAAACUAUGGGCUCCCAAUGUUAAAGACGCAUUGUUAAAUACAUUUAAAUCAGAGCAAGAUGGGUCUCCGACAUCGGUAGAUUUUGUACGGGACGAAGCUAAUCACAUCGUAACCGCUUUUAGUUCGUCAAAUUGUGUAAUUUUUGACUGUGAAACUGGUAAACCCGUCGUACGGUUUGAAAAUAAUCAGGUAAGAAUAAAACGACUAAUCAACAGAGUUGUAUGUCAUCCUUCGCUACCCUUAACAAUCACAGCACACGAAGACAGACACAUUCGCUUUUACGACAAUAAUAGUGGAAAAUUGGUUCAUUCGAUGGUUGCUCAUUUGGAUGCGGUCAGUAGUUUAGCAGUCGAUCCCAACGGUUUAUUUUUGUUAUCAGGAAGUCACGACUGUAGUAUUCGUUUAUGGAAUUUGGAUAGUAAGACGUGUGUUCAAGAAAUAACGGCGCACCGGAAAAAAUUCGAUGAAAGUAUUCUCGAUGUUGCAUUUCAUCCAUCGUCUCCCUAUAUAGCCAGCGCGGGAGCCGAUGGACUUGCCAAAGUGUUUGUUUAA